AUGGUGCUCAAGAAGCGCUUCACGAGCCUGAUAAAGCGCACGAACUCAAACGAAGAGCCGGUCGCCGACAACGUCGACACUCCAGAGGCGAACGCCGCAAGGGGUGUGAGACUCUUCUGCGAAUCUGGUGCAGCGAACUCGGGUGAAGAAGUGCUCCACUUGCCCACCAUCGUCGAAUCCGCCGUCGCAAGCCCCCAAGCAGCCCAGGCUGCUGCCGCCCAAAUUCGCAAGUUUCUCUCCAAGGAAAACUACGACCGUCCACAUGUUCAGUACAAUGCUGUAAUGCUCAUAAGGAUUUUGGCCGACAAUCCGGGCGCAUCCUUCACCAAGAAUAUCGAUAAGCAGUUUGCCGACACUGUCAAGCAACUGCUGCGCAAUGGACGGGACCCCAGUGUAUCUCAGAUACUGAGAGAGACGUUGGAUUCCAUACACAGGGACAAGGCAUAUGACACGAACUUGAAUACGCUCUUCUCCAUGUGGGCCAAGGAGAAGAGACUCAUGGCAGACGCAGCGAAACACGUCCCUCGGGGCAUUAGUCAAGCCCCUCGAUGGCCGGAUGCCAACCUACCACAAGGGUUCAAUUCUGGCAAUCGCGGGGGUCUUCCUCCUCCCGUAGAACUGGCCGCGCGCAUCGAAGAGGCCAGGACGUCUGCGAAACUCCUUCUGCAGCUUGUGCAGUCGACUCCUGCAAACGAACUCCUAGGCAACGAACUUGUAAAGGAGUUUGCGGAGCGCUGCACUUCAGCGCAGCGCAGCGUGCAAACGUACAUCAAUUGCGAUAAUCCGUCACCGGAUGACGAUACCAUGCUCACGCUGAUCGAGACGAACGAGCAGCUCUCGCUUGCAGCAUCCAAGCAUCAGCGUGCCGUCCUUCAAGCUCGCCGCGCGAUCGGGGCCGCGCCAUCCCCAUCACCGCCAGUCCCAGGUAAUAACUACAACAACAAUUACAGCGCCCUGCCGCCGGCACCGGCACCGGCCACCGCAUACACCCCGCCGCUACCGCAACAAUCAGCGCCACAGUCUGAGAUACCGAUUCUACCCCCGCUUGGGCUCGAGCCCAAUGAGCCGAAGUCGAACAACCCGACGAGCUACAAGAAGGAGGAGCUGCCUCUCCCACCAGCGUUGCAAGCAGCUCCAGGUAGACCACGCCGCAACAGCAACACGGCGCAGGAGUCUGAAGACAAUCCAUUUGCGGAUCACCAUACAUACUCUGCACCAGCUGGACCGCCACCGGGUCAGAACGGGGAGAGUGCACCUGCAAAUGGCUACACUCCUUACAGGCAGGCUUACCAACCAACGCCCUCCUAUCUGGGCCGGCAAGAGAGCGCUGCAAACAACGUCACGAUGCACGGAGCUGCACCCACAGAAGAGGAAGAGUACGCUCGAGACUAUCCUGUCGGCGGCAAAACACCAGAAGAGCCACACCAGCGGCAUGGAAGCGAUGUUUCGCCCAUUACGGAUCGAGGAAACGGUCCUUCAGCACUCAUCCUUUCCUACAUCCUACACGGCCACAUUCCCUAUUAUGUCGGCGGUCACCAUGACCAGUUGCUAGACCACAAGCUUAGGAAAGAGUCCAGCUUGCUCUAUCUUACCCCCAACCUGCACGCACACUUCCUGUCCUCGCUGCGGUACUCCACAGCGGCGCUGCCGCUCAACACCCUGCUCGAUACACUCCUGCGACCGAAUGCGGACACGGAGAUCAAUCCCACAUCAUGCAUAGAGUGGAGAUAUGAGCCGGAGAAGGCCAUCUCACAUGUAGCAAUCGGCGACACCCCGCAGCCUGGCGGCCAAUGGGUGGACAACCCCGUCAAUGCAAGCACCAACAUCGGUACGCUGAGCUACGCGGAACAGCUCAGUCUGCCCGGAUAUUCGUAUGCGGAUCACAUGACGAAGAGCGGGGGUGCAGCACAGUGCGAUUUUGUGAGGCCGUCACGCGAGGAAGUCGCCGCGUACUUGAAGGCGUACCCAGAAGCUGUGGGCAUCUCGGACGCUGUCUAUACAGACACGAAAGUGGAAGGCGUGUGUCGGUCAGCGAAUGGCUUUACAAUUGGGUCUCUGGGUAUGCGCUGUAAGCAUUUAGUGCUGGCUUCCGGCAUCUUCACCGUCAACAUCCCACCCCCGCCUUCACUUGCACACGUUGCGCAGAUCAAUCUGGAACACAGGCCGCUUCUCGUUGUCGGGUCGGGGUUCUCUGCCGCAGACGUUAUUAUUUCCGCGCCUCCCAAUCGCAAGAUUAUCCACCUCUACCAAUGGGCUCCGAGCACACGGCCGUCACCGCUCCGUGGCUGCCACCACUCUGCAUACCCAGAGUACGCGACCGUUUACAGGCAAAUGAAGCUCGCAUCCGUAUCAUCCAACAAGACACAUUCAGCUCGAUCUCCGCUAUCACGGCGCAAAUCGAAUCCCUUCGUCACUCAACGAGACUGGGGCUCGUUUUACGAAGGCCUUCCCAAUGCCGAAAUCCUGCACAGUGCUGUGUCUGACAUGACAGAUGUCGCACAAGUCACCAUACGCCUGCAAUCAGGCGAAGAAAUGACGCGCGAAGUAGGCGGCCUCGCAUACGUGGUCGGUCGACGCGGCACCCUAGACUACCUUUCGCCUUCCCUUGUUCAAGAACUCGGUCCUUUCGAAACGCCCUCCGGUUCACCAACUCUCAUUUCAGGUCGCACGUUCCGCGCCAAAGCCGAGUCCUCCCUCGAAUUAGCCAAAAACAUCUUCAUCGUCGGGAGCCUAGCAGGCGACUCGCUCAUCCGGCACGCUGUCGGCGGCUGCGUCUUCGCCGCCGGACGCAUCCUCGGCGCCAUUCCCUCUACCCAGCCCGCCUCUUCAUCGUCCAGUUCGUCGACUCCGCGAUCAGCCUCGCCUAGUCGCAUCUCGGAAGCUACAUUAGACUCUUCUUCGACGCCCAGCCCGAAGGAGAGCCCGAGGGAGAGCCCGAGGGAGACGGCGACGGCGAAUGGGCACGAGGAUCUGCAUGUCGAUCGGAGGGAGUUGGCGCGCGCAGUUGAGGUGGCCAACGUGGAGAAUAAGGUAUGGGUCGAUUCUGGAUGGUGGGCUGGGGGGUUGGGGUGGUCAAGUGCGGUGUGA